CUAAAACAUGUAACCAGGAGUGGAAUUGAAGGAAAAAUCAAAAUGGCUCAGUUACCACUGUCAUAGUACUAGGAAUUCAGCUCAUUUUCCCCACCCAAUUCCACCCUGCAUGUAAACCAAUACCACAUGCACCCCAAAACUCAGCACAAACGCUUCCAAGUGAAAACCACAAACGCAUGAACUUGCAUGAACUCUAAAGACUUGAAUCUGGUCCUAGAAGGGACCCCAAUAAUCAAGGUCCUAGAAGGGACCCCAAUAAUCAAGGUCCUAGAAGGGGCUGCUAUAAUCAAGGUCCUAGAAGGGACCCCAAUAAUCAAGGUCCUAGAAGGGACCCCAAUAAUCAAGGUCCUAGAAGGGACCCCAAUAAUCAAGGUCCUAGAAGGGGCCCCAAUAAUCAAGGUCCUAGAAGGGGCCCCAAUAAUCAAGGUCCUAGAAGGGACCCCAAUAAUCAAGGUCCUAGAAGGAGCGCCAAUAAUCAAGGUCCUAGAAGGGGCUGCUAUAAUCAAGGUCCUAAAAGGGACCCAAAUAAUCAAGGUCCUAGAAGGGGCUGCUAUAAACAAGGUCCUAGAAGGGGCUGCUAUAAUCAAGGUCCUAGAAGGGACCCCAAUAAUCAAGGUCCUAGAAGGGGCUGCUAUAAUCAAGGUCCUAGAAGGGACCCCAAUAAUCAAGGUCCUAGAAGGGACCCCAAUAAUCAAGGUCCUAGAAGGGACCCCAAUAAUCAAGGUCCUAGAAGGGGCUGCUAUAAUCAAGGUCCUAGAAGGGACCCCAAUAAUCAAGGUCCUAGAAGGGGCUCCAAUAAUCAAGGUCCUAGAAGGGGCUCCAAUAAUCAAGGUCCUAGAAGGGGCUCCAAUAAUCAAGGUCCUAGAAGGGACCCCAAUAAUCAAGGUCCUAGAAGGGACCCUAAUAACCAAGAUCCUAGAAGGGACCCCAAUAAUCAAGGUCCUAGAAGGGACCCUAAUAACCAAGAUCCUAGAAGGGGCCGCUAUAAUCAAGGUCCUAGAAGGGGCCGCUAUAAUCAAACAGAAAAAGAUAACGGCGCUGGUUAAAUGA